AUGAACAAUGACUUUAGCAGCCUGAAAACAGCUUUGAAAGAUGGGACCGAUUGUUCAUCGACGGCAACAUUCAACGGAGUCUGCCACUGUGUCGAGAAGACACAGCCAUCAGCCUUCAUCCUUGAGAAUGUCGACUCCAUGGACACUUCUUCUGGCGAGGAAGACGACCGAGAGCAGACAAAGUCAAACCUUCAAAUGGCCUUAAACUAUUUGGAAGGCCUCGGCUACACUUGCUGCGCUGAAAAGCUGAAGACAUCCGAUCAUGGCGUGCCCCAACGCCGGACUCGUUACUACAUUUUCGGAAUAUCGAACAAGGAUAAGUUUGCGGUAUCCGCAAAGGAGAUCAUCAAGCUCAUUCCAGCACGGCUGACUGCCUGCAUGUCUGUGAACUCGCCUAUUGACCACUUCUUGCUGAAGGAUGAUGACCGGGUAGUUUUGGCCGAAUUGAACCGUCGAUUGAAUGCUGGGGACCGGCGAGCUCAAAGGAAAGCUUCUUCUGAGCCUGGUCCUAGCUCUUCAGGUGACAAGUGGCGUGAGCAGCACAGCAAUCUUGCUGAGCAAUUAGGCCCUGUGCUUUGUGGAGCACUGGAAUCAGAGAAACGAGGAGAACAAGAAGGAUGUUUUUGCCUUCGUGGAUGUACCUCAGACAGUUACAAGGAUGCCCACGAGUUUGUCAAAGACAAAGGACAAGAACUUCUUGCUCUACAGGGCCUGUUUGUGUCAGACCUGAUUGCCCCGGUGGAGCACACCGAUGCCCAGUUGGCCGAUUUGGCUGGAAAUUCGUAUUCAAUGCCUUGCAUCAUGGCCGCUUUGCUGGCUGUAUUUUGCAGUGUCCGCUUCGAUACACAAAGUGAUGUGGAGGAUAUGAAUGAAGCGACCACUGCCCUGGAGCAGUGGAAAGCACGGACAAAACGUCGUGCUUCCUAA